GGGGCAGUCGCACUAGGCAGGGGACUUCAGUCGCAGCGCGGUUCCGUUCAAGGUUCCGCUGCUUAAAAAGUGGUGAAAUCUCGUUUGUAAGUAAUUGGCGGCACCCAGGGGGCUUUUGAGCAGCAAGGAAAGGAAGUCUGACGCCAGUGAACGACGGGAGUAGCAUGAGCCUAACUGCUGAGCUUUCUCUUGCCAUUCAUUCCACCCAGGGAUUUGCACCACACCCUUCAGCUUCCGCUCCUCCCGCCAAUAAGAACUGAGGAACUCGAAGCCCCUCCCCACCUUCAACGACGCUGUUGUGGCGCGCAGGAGAACGCAGGCGCCAUUACGCGCGGAAGGCAGAACUUGGCCAGGUUGAGGGUGUCCAGCCGACCUGUGGCCCCUAGGUUGGGCGCGGACUGUGAGGCGUUGCAGUCAAGAUGUUGCGCGUGGUGAGCUGGAACGUCAAUGGGAUCCGGAGCCCUCUGCAAGGGAUGCUAUGCGAGGAGCCCAGCAACUAUGCCGCCAUGGUCGUGGGGCGCAUUUUGGACAAGCUGGACGCCGACAUCGUGUGUUUUCAGGAGACGAAAGUGACCAGGGAUGUGCUGACAGAGCCCCUGGCUAUCACUGAGGGCUAUAACUCCUAUUUCAGCUUCAGCCGCAGCCGCAGUGGCUAUUCUGGUGUAGCCACCUUCUGUAAGGACAGCGCUACCCCUGUGGCUGCUGAAGAAGGCCUCAGUGGCCUACUUGCCACUCAGAAGGGGGACGUGGGUUGCUAUGGAAACAUGGAUGAAUUCACCCAGGAGGAGCUUCGAGCUCUGGAUAGUGAGGGCCGGGCCCUUCUCACACAGCACAAAAUCCGCACAUGGGAAGGGAAAGAGAAGAUCUUGACCCUAAUCAACGUGUACUGCCCCCACGCGGACCCUGGGAAACCUGAGCGGCUGGCAUUUAAGAUGCGCUUCUAUAGCUUGCUGAAGAUCCGAGCAGAAGCCCUCCUGGCAGCUGGCAGCCAUGUGAUCAUUCUGGGUGACCUGAAUACAGCCCACCGCCCCAUUGACCACUGGGAUGCAGUCAACCUGGAAUGCUUUGAAGAGGACCCAGGGCGCAAGUGGAUGGACGGCUUGCUCAGUAGCCUGGGAUGCCAGACUGGGUCUCAUGUGGGGCCCUUCAUUGAUAGCUACCGCUGCUUCCAGCCAAAGCAGGAGGGGGCAUUCACCUGCUGGUCAGCAGUCAGUGGUGCCCGGCAUUUGAAUUAUGGCUCCCGGCUUGACUAUGUGCUGGGGGACCGGACCCUGGUAAUAGACACUUUCCAGGACUCCUUCCUACUGCCUGAGGUGAUGGGUUCUGACCAUUGCCCUGUGGGUGCAGUCUUGAGUGUGUCCUCUGUGCCAGCAAAAGAGUGCCCACCUCUGUGUACCCGCUUCCUCCCUGAGUUUGCAGGCACCCAGCUCAAGAUCCAUCGCUUCCUAGUUCGUCUCAAAGAUCCUGUGUUCAGGCAUUCAGCACUGAAACUCAACAAUAAAACCCAGGUACAGAUGCACCAAAACAAAGCCCGUGUGCGCUCAACCAGGCCUCGGCCAAGUCAAGCUGGCUCCAGCAGAGGCCAAAAAAACCUGACAAGCUACUUCCAGCCAUCUUCCAGCCAUCCCCAAGCUUCUCCUAACUUGGAACUUCUUAGUGUGGGUGCCCUCAUGACCCCAAAGACGUCAGAAAAGGAGGUGAUGGCCAAAGUGGUAGAGGGGCAGGCCAGUGCUUCAGAGGCCAAGGAUGAGAAGGAGAUACGGACCUCUUUUUGGAAGUCUUUGCUAGGGGGGCCCUUGUCCAUGCCCCUCUGUAGGGGCCACAGGGAGCCAUGUGUGAGGCGAACUGUGAAGAAGCCAGGACCCAACCUGGGCCGCCACUUCUAUAUCUGUGCCAGACCCCAGGGUCCUCCCACUGACCCUUCCUCCCGCUGCAACUUCUUUCUCUGGAGCAGGCCCAGCUGAAUCAACUCAGGCCUAGGGAUAUCUAUCAUGGUUAACCCUGUAUAUACUCAGGCUAGCCCCCUCCUAGGCUACCUCUUCCUCCCCCAAGUCCUUCUCCUCUUCUUCCACUUUCCUCAAGGACCCUUCCCUUUCCUCUUUCUCUUCCUCUUCCUUCUUUAAGGCCUCUCUUACUCUUUCUUCUUCCUGCCUAGCUCCUCUUCAUUGGUGAGCUACUUGUUUGUGCCCUGUUGCUGUGACCCAAUUCCCCACUGUGCUUCCCACCUUCCGUCAGAAGUACACAGGAACCAAUUGCCGCAGAAAGUUGGUUUUAAACCCCUUUAUUCCUUGCUGACAAAUAUAUCUGUUCCUAAAUAAAGUCUGUUUUUAUUUUA